GCCCCGCGUGCGCGCGCCACUCGGCAGGAUCCUGGCACGUGGGCCGCCAACAGCCCGCGCACAGCUCGCCAGAGCCCCCGCGCGGGCGGCCGGAUCUCCACGCCCGGCCGCCGGGCUCCGGCCCCGCGAUGCCGCGCGCGCCCCGGUGCCGAGCCGUGCGCGCGCUCCUGCGCAGCCGCUACCGCGAGGUGCUGCCGCUGACCACGUUCGUGCGGCGCCUGGGCCCCGAAGGCCGACGGCUCGUGCGGCGCCGGGACCCGGCGGCCUUCCGCGCCCUGGUGGCCCAGUGCCUGGUGUGCGUGCCCUGGGACGCGCAGCCGCCCCCCGCCCCCCUCUCCUUCCGCCAGGUGUCCUCGCUGAAGGAGCUGGUGGCCAGGGUCGUGCAGAGGCUCUGCGAGCGCGGCGCGAGGAACGUGCUGGCCUUCGGCUUCGCGCUGCUGGACGGCGCCCGCGGCGGCCCGCCCUGGGCCUUCACCACCUGCGUGCGCAGCUACCUGCCCAACACGGUGACCGAGACGCUGCGCGGCAGCGGCGCGUGGGGGCUGCUGCUGCGCCGCGUGGGCGACGACGUGCUCGCGCACCUGCUGGCGCGCUGCGCGCUCUACCUGCUGGUGGCCCCGAGCUGCGCCUACCAGGUGUGCGGGCCGCCUCUGUACGAGGCCGACGCCGAGGCCCGGCCCCCAGCACCACGCGCGCGUGGGACCCCGACGGGCCCCGCGGCCACGCGACAGGUUCGGAACAGCAGCGGUGGCGAGGCCGGGGCGCCCCUGGGCUCGCCCGCCUGCGGUUCGGGGCGCGGGCCUGCCGCGGCCUUCGCGGUGACACCUGCCGAGUGUUUGGAGACCACGCGCUCCAGGGCGUCCGCGGGAGUGGACCGCAAGCGGGAGCCCGGCCGCUCCGCCGCCCGGCGGUCACCGCGUCCGCAGGCCCAGGUGUACGCGGAGACCAAGCGCUUCCUCUACUGCGCGGGCGACGGCGAGCGGCUGCGCGCGUCUUUCCCACUCAGCUCCCUGCGGCCCAGCCUGGCGGGCGCCCGGAGGCUGCUGGAGGCCAUCUUCCUGGGCUGGACGCCGAGGCCCGGGGCGAGCCGCAGGCCGCGCCGGCUGCCCCCGCGCUACUGGAGGAUGCGACCCCUGUUCCGGAAGCUGCUCGCGAACCACGCGCGGUGCCCCUACGGCGCGCUCCUCCGGACGCACUGCCCGCUGCGGGGGCCGGCCUCGCAGGUGCGCUCCCCGAGGCCGGCCGCCGACCCCCAGGAGGACGCGGGCUCCCGGCGCCUGGUGCGGCUCCUGCGGCAGCACAGCAGCCCGUGGCAGGUGCACGCGUUCCUGCGGGCCUGUCUACGCCGCCUGGUGCCCCCCGGCCUCUGGGGCUCCAGGCACAACGAGCGCCGCUUCUUGAGGAACACGAAGAAGUUCAUCUCGCUGGGGAAGCACGCCAAGCUCUCGCUGCGGGAGCUGACCUGGAAGGUGAGGGUGCGGGACUGCACCUGGCUGCGCGCGAGCCCAGGGCGUGGCCACGUCCCGGCCGCGGAGCACCGACUGAGGGAGGGGAUCCUGGCCAGGUUCCUGUUCUGGCUGCUGGACGCCUACGUGGUGGGGCUGCUCAGGUCCUUCUUCUACGUCACGGAGACCACGUUCCAGAAGAACCGGCUCCUCUUCUACCGCAAGAGCGUCUGGAGCAGGCUGCAAAGCCUGGGCAUCAGGCAGCACCUGGAGCGGGUGCGGCUGCGGGAGCUGUCGGCCGCGGAGGCCCAGCGGCAGGCCAGGUCGGCCCUGCCCGCGGCCAGACUGCGCUUCAUCCCCAAGCCCGGCGGGCUGCGGCCCAUCGUGAGCGCGGACUCCGUGGUGGCAGCCAGAACGCGCCGUAGGGAGAAGGCCCAGCCCUGGACCUCGCGUGUCAGGACACUGUUCAGCGUGCUCAACUACGAGCGGGCGCAGCGGCCCGGCCUGCUGGGCGCCUCCGUGCUGGGCCUGGAUGACGUCCACCGGGCCUGGCGGGCCCUUGUGCUGCGCAUGCGGGCUGGGGCCCCCGCUCCCAGGCUGCACUUCGUCAAGGUGGACGUGACGGGGGCCUUCGACGCCAUACCCCAGGACAGGCUGGUGGCGGUGAUUGGGGGCAUCAUCCGGCACCCAGAGAGGACCUACUGCGUGCGCCGUUUCGCUGUGGUGCGCCGAGCUGCGCGUGGGCAUGUGCACAAGGCCUUCAAAACGCACGUGUCCACCCUGGAGGACCUCCAGCCCUACAUGGGACAGUUCGUGGCGCACCUGCAGGAGACGAGAGCGCUGAGGGACGCUGUCGUCAUCGAGCAGAGCUCCUCUCUGAACGAGACCAGCAGCGACCUCUUCGACUUCUUCCUGCGCCUUGUGCACCACAGUGUCAUCCGGGUCGGGGACAGGUCCUACGUGCAGUGCCGGGGCGUCCCGCAGGGCUCCAUGCUGUCCACGCUGUUCUGCAGCCUGUGCUACGGAGACAUGGAGAACAGGCUGUUCCCCGGCGUCCAGCAGGACGGGGUGCUCCUGCGUCUGGUCGACGACUUCCUCCUGGUUACACCGCACCUGGCCCAGGCAAAAGCCUUCCUCAGCUCGUGUCUGCAGACGGACUCCUGCUGCUUCAGGGCCCUGGUCAGCGGCGUCCCCGAGUACGGCUGCCACAUCAACCUGGAGAAGACGGUCGUGAACUUCCCUGUGGGGGACGUGGCCCCGGACGGCCCCGCCCCGCUCCAGCUGCCCGCCCACUGCCUGUUCCCCUGGUGCGGGCUGCUGUUCGACACACGCACCCUGGAGGUGUCCUGUGACUACUCCAGCUUCGCAGGGACGUCCGUCAGGGCCAGCCUCACCUUCAACCCCGGCGUCCAGGCCGGGAGGGGCCUGCGCCGCAAGCUCUUGGCGGUCCUGCGGCUGAAGUGUCACGGGUUGUUUCUGGACCUGCAGGUGAACAGCCUCCACACGGUCUACGUGAACCUGUACAAGAUCCUCCUGCUGCAGGCCUACAGGUUCCACGCGUGUGUGCUGCGGCUUCCGUUUAACCAGCACGUUCGCGGGAACCCCUCCUUCUUCCUGCGGGUCAUCUCGGACACCGCGUCCUGCUGCUACUCCAUGCUGAGAGCCAAGAACCCAGGGAUGUCGCUGGGGGCCAAGGGCGCCUCGGGCCCGUUCCCUGCGGAAGCCGCGCGGUGGCUCUGCUAUUGCGCGUUCGCACGCCGGCUGGGCCGGUACCGAGCCAGCUACAAGUGCCUGCUGCGGGCGCUCAGGACAGCCCAGGCGCAGCUGCGUGGGAAGCUGCCCGAGGCCACGAUGGCCGCCCUGGAGGCCGCGACUGACCCGGCCCUGACCGCAGACUUCAAGACCAUCCUGGACUGAGGCCGGAGGAGCCGGGCACAUCGCUGUCGGGGGAGGGGCCGUCUGUGACACAGGGCAGGGCCUGUCCUCGGGGGCUCCUUCCUUCAGGUCAGUCCCCUCCCUGCUGUCCUCAGGGGAGCAGAGCCCACUGCCAAGACCUCUCAUGACCCCGGCCACGGAUGGCCCGAGGCAGUGGGAGACCUGGCCGUGGGCCGUGGGCCGUGGGCCUGUGAGCGUGGGCCCCACCCUGGACCUGCUCAUCACCCCCGCGUGAUCCAGGGCUGCUGGGGGAAGCCCUGUGCUCUGUGCUUGGUUACGCUGCCCAGCUUGAGUGAGGAGGCCCCAGGGCGCUGACCCACACGUACCUGGCAGCAGCAAGCCACCCACCCCCUCAUCCAAAGUCCAGGCUGAGCGUCCCUGAGCCAAGGUGUCCGCUGUGCAGCCCUGCCCCGGCCUCCCCUCGCCCCGCCCCUGCCCCCAUCCCUGCAGUGGCCCCCUGGAGCCAGUGUCUGGUGCAGUGUGUGUGGACUCCCUUCCCGUCCUCGGACAACAGGGCAGGUGGACACGUGGACGCCGUGGGGGAGUCUGGAGCCGCGUGCUGGAGCCACGCAUCUGGCGGGCAGCGUGGGGCCGCCUAGUGCCCAGCGAGGACGAGCAGGGAGCCCCUUCCCCAGGCCCCAGCGUGCAGGGGACUAGAUGCGUCCCGAGGACCCUACUGAGCAGGAAGGGCAGCGUCGGGGGAGGAUCUUGGUGAAGGAGUGGCCCCUGCCUAAGGGCCGGCUUGGGCAGCCUGAAGCCUGGCCGAGCUGGCACCUGUGUGACGGGUCAGCUGCUGUGAGCAAUUCCAGAACCUUCCAGGAUGUCGCAGAUGGGGCCAUGGACGUGGACCUUGGACAGGGCUCCUGGCGCCUCGUGCCGGGUUUUAUGGCACAGGAUGUGCCCCUUUGCCGCUCGUCUGGAAGACGUCCUGGUGACUGAGCCGACGCCCGGGGGACCCCAGACCCUGGUGACUGAGCCGAUGCCUGGGGGACCCCAGACCCUGGUGACUGAGCCGACGUGCCCGGGGGACCCCAGACCCUGGUGACUGAGCCGACGUGCCCGGGGGACCCCAGACCGUCCUGGUGACUGAGCCGACGUGCCCGGGGGACCCCAGACCCUGGUGACUGAGCCGAUGCCUGGGGGAUCCCAGACCCUGGUGACUGAGCCGGACCCCAGACCAUCCUGUGACUGAGCCGACAUGCCCGGGGGACCCCAGACCCUGGUGACUGAGCCGACGUGCCCGGGGGACCCCAGACCGUCCUGGUGACUGAGCCGACGUGCCCAGGGGACCCCAGACCCUGGUGACUGAGCCGGACCCCAGACCGUCCUGUGACUGAGCCGACGUGCCCAGGGGACCCCAGACCCUGGUGACUGAGCCAAUGCCCGGGGGACCCCAGACCCUGGUCACUGUGCCGAUGCCCAGGGGACCCCAAGCCAUGCUGUGCUGUCACUCGGUUCUCGGGCUUCACCGAGUGCUGAACCUUGGAAAAGCUGAGCUUUCGUGAUUCA